AUGUACAAGUGUGUCAAGAAGGGAUCAUGUAUGGUAGAAACCAUUCCAAGAUUUGCAUUUGAAUAUGCAAGUAUUGAUACUUAUAUUGCUGGAAUUUCUCGAGAAAGACGUGAAUGUCAUUCAGCUUUUGCGAGUUUAGAGAAGGCAGAACAAUCUUUGAGAAACUGUUACAGGAAGGAUGAUGUUUUGAAAAUGAUUGAAACUAUAAAGAAAUUGAAUGAUUUAUGUGAUCUGCAACAAAAUGUAAUUUCAUCGUCCUCUUGCUUGUACGAUGAAUGUGACAAAUCUCACCCCAAUUAUGUGGAACUGAAAGAAAUGACUCCAGAACAACAAUUCUUCAACUUUGAAUUGGAUUUAAAGUUGGUCGAUGCUGAAAAUCACUUGUUGAGAGGAAUGCUUCAAUUUUUGAGUGGAUCUUACUUUAAAGGUUUCUACAACUUUAGAUAG